CUUCAUUAUCUGUCUCUUCACUCAUCUCCUUGUCAGAGAUAUUUCUCCCUGCAGCUAAUAGGUAUUUCCAACAUGCCCAGUCCAUCUCUCCCUCAAGGAUCCCCUCAACCACACACUACCACCACCCCGGCUACCCUCAACCCCAUAACACCCUUCUUCUUCGAACAAUAUCCUCCCGCAACGGCUACCAUCUCCUCCCCACUCUUCCAUCUCCCUCGAGAAACCCGUGACCAAAUUUACGCCAAUCUCUUCUCUAGCUCUCGCUACCAAUGCCGAGAAGGAAACCUCGACGCCAUAUAUGGUUAUCGCAGCCCAUCCAAUAGCACAGGCCUACCAAGGUGGAUACUAGCCUGCAAACAACUGCUGUCCGAAGCCUUAACAGAGUUCUACCGGGGCGCUCGGUGCGUCCACGGGGAUGGAGGCACACCCAAGCACACGCCUACGACGUUGUCGCCAUAUAGUCUAAUCUCUUUGCACCGCGUACGGAGACUGGAAUUUGGGUACGAUGAAUCUACACCCAUUCCCCUGAACUUCGCGCCCGGCAUCCGAAAAACUGAUCACUCCGGUGCUGUUGUCACCAUCCCCGCCAUAGACCCCUCAGAGGCCAAUAUCCCCAACAUCCGCCAACUCAGCGAGCAGCUGCGUGCCACCGUGCACGAAGUCCGCGAACUGCGGUUCCAGCUGCAGCUUCCGGACAGCUGGAAGUUUGCGUGGGUGGAAGAUGUGUUGACUUGGAGGGUUGAUAUGUCUGGGUUUGAGAAACUGGGGGAGGGGUUUGAGCGCGUGGAGUUCGUUGUUGAGACGCCAGUUAUUGAUGCGGAGAGAGAUGGUCCAAAUGCGGUACAGGGGGUGGCCAUUGUUUAUGGUUUGUUACAGCGGGAGCUUGAGAGAGUGGGUAGGCGGCUUGUUGGGUUUUGUUCUACUAACGACAACGGAGAAGACGAGCGUCAAAACUACGCUAUCAAAGACUGGCUCGACACUUCCUCCCACCAACACUGGCAUAUUUCCAUCCAGCGCACGCCAGACCGUACUUCGAACCGAACCAUCUCUUUCCCUGGUCUGAGAAAGUGGAUCACGCCUGAAGGACUCCGCCACUAUGAAAGGGUCGGGGAGCAAGUCGACGGGCUCGUAACAUUCUGUGCCGCGAGUUGGGGCACGACAAUUGAAGUCGACGUACCAACUGAUGGGCGACGACCCAUUCCCGCAGAGACGGGAUAUCCUAGGAACUCGUUUUGUCCGGAUCCGGCGGUGGAGAAGGAAUUGAUCCAAUGGGGAGUGUUGUGAGAUUGUAGUGGACUGGGAGGUACAGUUCUCUCCAAUAUCUAUCUAAAAAUGACUUUAUCUUCACUCAGAGAUAGAGAGGAGGCCUCGGUGAGUGACUGAGGAAUCGCUACCACGUCUACGACGCCUAAAUAUGAAGUACUGUGGCUCAGUGCAGCAGACAAGUUUAAUAAGAGAACUACGACGCUACACCAACACUACCCCCUUCCUUUCCCCUCUUUCUCAUCCUAUUUCAUUGAUAGUUCUUCCCCAAUCGAAAUUUCUAGAGCUCCCCUACCGAAUUCUAUUCGUUAUCCUUCUUAGAAGGAGAUGAGAGGAUGUAUUGUGGAUGUCUCAUGGUAGUGAUGUUUGACAAAAUAGAUUCGUUAGAAGUUAUCGGAAAUGAAUAUAGA